ACGCCUCCCAGACGCACACAGCAGCGCACACGGCAGCGCACAAGCCAGCGAACAGGACGUAUCAUUCAUAUAGGGAAUAGAUCUGAAGAUCCGAAGAAAAGGAUUAACUCUCUCCAUCCCUCUCCCCCUCUAUGGACCUUAUCCUCUCUUCCCUCCUCUUGUGUCUCUAAGCCUCCCUUCACCUCAUUUUUUUCCACAAUCCCUCAUUUUUUUCUACACAAUCCCUCCUUUUUUUUUUACAAUUCAUUGGUGGGUUGAAGGGGAAGCUGGGGGGAUUGUGUCCAUACAGAAAGGAGGAUUAUUCUUACACUUUUCAUUUGGAUCUUAAAUGUAUGGAUUUCUUUAACGGACGGGGUGACUGUUUUUCUUCUUUGUUUACCCUGUGAGAGAUUCUUGAUCUUUUUUAAUUUUUAGGAAAUAUUUUUUGGGGGGGAUAGCUGAUGGCAGAAAGCUAUAAGGCAGGUGCUGCCUGAGAUACUUGGUCAAAAGAUAGUUUGGUGCGGUUUUUACAGUCGCCGCCCCAGUGGAAGCUGCAGGCAUGGCGGCUUGACGCCCCCACUGCCCCGCCCCUCUGACAGAGGAAGGCUGCAGAGCUCUGUGUCAUGCCCCCCCACAUCCACCCCCCUGGGGGCAUUGGCCUGCCUCCGCCCGGAUCUACCACCCACCACCUGGCCAGACCUGUCUUCCUCUGUGUCCUCUGCCUCCUGGCAGCACUGCUGCCGGUAGCCUCCUCCUGCCCUCCUCCUUGUCUGUGCUACUCAGAUGGCCUGGUGGACUGCGGGGGCCGGGGUCUCUCAUCCCUGCCUCCCCUUCACCUCCUGCCUCCAGGGAGUCGCUCCCUCCUGCUAGCCAACAACAAGCUUGCCUCACUGGGGGCCUCGGCCUUCGCUAACCUCUCCUCUCUAGAGGAGCUGGAUCUCUCUAAUAACUACCUGGAUAAUUUACCAGCUGGAUUAUUCAGAGACAUGUCCAACCUUACAAGACUAACUCUGCACAACAACUCUCUGACAGUAAUGGACAGAGAACUCUUCCAGGGUUUGGGGGGUCUCCACAGCCUUGAUCUCUCUCUGAAUGGACUGUCCUCUGUUCCUCUGGGACUACUGGAUGAGCUGCAGAGCCUCAGGUGGCUGUCUCUCGCGGGUAACAGGCUUCAUGGAUUGGAAAGGGCAGCAUUUGAGCCACUUGCCAACCUACAACACCUGGAACUGGGACACAACCCAUGGGAAUGUGACUGCAACCUCCGCGAUUUCAAACACUGGAUGGAGUGGCUGCUGUACCGAGGGGGGAAGGUGGACGCGGUGGAGUGCACGCUACCAAAGGACCUGCGUGGGCGAGACAUUCGUGGCGUUCCAGUGGAAAUGUUCAACUACUGCCUCCAACUUGAAGAUGAGAAUGGAGGAGGAGGCGAGGGUUCCCGUUCUGGACAAGGAGGCGUUCCUCCCUGCAGCAGGAACGCUCUCAGCCCCAGUGGGGCAACACCAGUUCCUGACAACAGCAACACUGGUGAUGACUCCUCUUCACACACGGGAGGUGGAGGUGGAGAGGCCCCGGCAGAUUGCGUCCGUGCCCGCUACCGACCCGUGAGCGUACGCCGCGCCAUCGGCACAGUCGUGAUUGCCGGCGUGGUGUGCGGCAUCGUUUGCAUCAUGAUGGUUGCAGCUGCGGCUUAUGGCUGCAUCUAUGCUUCGCUGAUGGCCAAGUAUCAGAGAGAGCUAAAGAAGAGGCAGCCAUUGAUGGGAGAUGGAGAGGCAGACGGGGAAGAUAGGGAGGAAAAACAGAUCUCCUCUGUGGCCUAGAAGAGUGAUGGGAUGGGGGAGGGUUGGCACAUCAAAGGGUGAAGGUUGGAAGGGGUGAAAAUUUAAAGGGCUCAAAGAGGAAAGAGAUGGAAGAGUUUGCUUUAUGCUCAUCGAUACUUAUGGUAUUUCUCCCUCUGACUCUCAAUCUGACACCUUUCUCCCACAUUUUGUCUUCCUUCCUGCCUCUUUCUAUUUUUAACCUCCUCCUUUUCUCUGUCCCACUCUCUAACACACAUAUACCUUAUCUGUUCCCUGAUUUUCUCCUCCAUUUGGAGGCAUUCUCACUGCAGUAUUUGUUACCAAUCAUCCCUCCAACUCGCCUACCAACCACCUACUGCUGCUCUUGGCUGCUGCUGAAUUUAUCAUUACAUUGGCUGAGAGAAAAAUGAUUUAGUACUCUCUCUAGCAUGAAACGUAUCAUUUAAACUGUUGCAAGACACUCAUGGUGUACAGUCAGUCAGUAUUUCUAAAACCAGAUUGAAUUUUCAGGGAUUUACAGCAGGGAUGGUGUGGAUUAGACCAAUAUUCACAAAGAUGAGAAGAAUUGGUGGUAUUGGGCAGUGUCUAGCUCUCAAUUUAUUUGCAUCUUUCUCCUCCUCAACAUAUUCAAAGCCAGCAGUUGUCCUCCAGAAAAAACAAACAAAAAAAAACAAAAAACAGAACCCCUGCCCAGAUCCCUUCACCCUUGUCUGGCCUUCUGCCCCUCUGAU